CCUGUGGCGCCAGGAGCGGGCCGAGGCGCGGCGGCGCGGCUGCCGUCUGGAUGGGAAGUUACGGUUUACAGCGAAGUCCACCCAGCGUUUCCGAGGUGAAGGCGCCGCGCCAGGCCGGGCGGGCGGCUGGUGAUGGGCAAGCCGGGUGUACCAAGUCCAUGAUGCACAUGAGGAGCGUUUGUAGCCAUCACUGAAUCACCUCAUGACUAGCGGGGCAGGCCUCUAAUUCACCGCAGGAUUUCCGACAGGGCCUCACUCUGUUGCCCAGGCUAGAGUGCUGUGGCAGGAUCUCAGCUCACUGCAACCUCCACCUCCUGGCUCAAGCGAUCCUCCCACCUCAGCCUCCUGAGUAGCUGUGACUAUAGGAGUGUGCCACCAUGCCUGGCUAAUUUUCAUAUUUUUUGUAGAGAUGGGGAUUCAACAUGUUUCUCAGUGUCUCGCUCUGUUGCCCAGUCUGGAGUGGAGUGGUAUGAUCAUGGGUCUCUGCAGCCUUGACCUCUCAGGCUCAAGCAGUCUGCCCACCUCAGCUUCCUUAGUAGCUAUAUAUAUAUAGCGGUGACCAAAUAUCCUAAAAGACAUUGCACUUCAUCAUUCCAUGCCUUCAGACAUUUAAGGGCCAUGGAUGGUGAUCUCCUCCAGAGACAAAAUAAAUGCUGGUGCACAACAGGUGGCCACAGAGUGCAUCUGCUCUGGGGGACCCAUCGCUCAUAUACCCUCCCAGAAGAGCAGGAAAGGGGAUUCGUAAAUACGUUCUUCUGAUGGGGAAUGCUCUAUGAGGCCGCCUUCACGUGGUGAGUAGUGACCGUGACACCUCUGCAGCGUCCCUGGUCACUUGUAGCCCCUGAAAGGGUCAGCGGGAGCAGAUCACUUCUUUUCUUCAGGGCUGGAGAAAGUACCUCCGUGCAUUUUCCAGCCUCAGAGCCCGCCUGGCAGGACUACUGAGCAAGGCCUUGGAAAAUCGGAGCGAUUAGAGUGGUGAGUCGCGCUGGUCACACUGCACACCUGCGGGUUGGGAGAUUCUGGAGCCAGAAGGAGAGCCGAAUGGCCUUCGCCCGCCCUGCUCCUCGUCCGCUUCAGAAAUCCCCGGAAACGCCCCGGUCCGCGAUCCGGGCCCGAGCAGCCAGGGGGGCCUAAGGGAAGCUGAACGCCGGGUGAGCUACCUGGAUGGCUCUUCCGGUUCUUUGUGCGGCCUUCACCCAGUGAGGGAGCCUGUGCCCCCCUGCCCAGUCGCUUUCGGGGCGCUGAGGAGCUUCCGCUGCCAUCUUCGGUUGCUGUGUCCCGCACGGAGGGUCCACCAGGGCAGGGAUAGUGGUGAGGGUCGCUCGUGGAUCCCCUCGCGGGGAGCAGGGUCUGGCACACACCAGGGCGCAGGAUUAGGACUUGUUGAAUGAAUCCAUCGUGGCCUUUAUCUUUUAGUCCUCUGAAGAGCGUUGAGAAUGGAAAUCAUAAGAUAUUUUUUCCAUUAGGAAGUUCUUUUUACAAGGCGUUUAUUCAGGUUGACUUCUCGGCACCCCGCGGGGCGGGCAACGGGCAGGGCCUCCAGUGCACCUUCUGCGCAGUGGAGCCGAGGGGGCUCAGCUGGGCGGUGGUCGGGUCGUGAGGCGGGAGGGCGGGAGCGGGGGGAGGGAAAAGCAAAAGCGGGGAAAGAAGCCGGGGAGCGGUGGACCAGACAUUCAGACCUCCUGAAAGGCUCGUGCGGAGGCAGAGGCGGGAUCUUCCGGAGUGUGGAAGAUGAUCAAAGUAUGACAUUUCUUCUACCCCAGAGGUUGGCAUUUCUGCAGGCACAAAUGAGCUUGGUUUUCAAGCACCGCUCUUUGAACACAAGGAAUUCCUUUAAUGAUCACGCCGGACUAUAUAGACUUUGGAAUCAGACUCUUUGAAUUCCAGCUCUGCCAUUUACCAACUUUGACACUUUGGAGACAAGGUCUUUGUCUGUUGCUCAGGAUGGAGUGUAGUGGUGCCAUAGUACACUGUAAUCUUGAAUUUCUGGACUACUGGCAUACACCACCAUGCUUAGGUUCGGGCCACAACAUCCGUGACUUUACCGGUUUUGGUCUCUUCCUUGUAACCUUUGGCUCCAGGAUGCUGCGCAGUUCCUCUCUGCACUAUCUAUCAGAAUGUUGCUCUGCGUGCUUGAAAGUUUCGCCAAACAGAAGUACACAAGAACAAACAGAGGUGAAACACAAAUCCCCUCAGCCCUGGAGGAAAAGGCCUUGAAGCUCUUCCAGUGCAGAGGCCACGCAGAGGACAUGCUCCUACCUGUGCACAUCAGCCAUGCCUGGGGUGCCUCCUGGAGUCCAGACUGCUGGCGAUGGAAUCCAUCAUGUUGCUGAUGUCACUAGAACAUGGAGGAACUGUUUACGUGCCUUUGUUUCCCAGCCUGUGAAAGGAAGAUAACACUUGCUCCAACAUGCUUUUCAGCGGGUGAUGUGAAGAUAAAUGUGAUAACGUCUACAAAGUCCUCCAAAUUCUCGGGAUGAAAUGUGCUAUGUAAAUGGAACACAGCCCCGUUAUGAUUGAAGUUUAAUGCAGCAGCUCUCAGGCCUAUACAGGGAAUGCAGUCUGGCUGGAAGAUGAUGGAACUGAGGCAUGAUGAAAGCCCCUCACAAGUAAGGGAGCUGGGAUUUGCUCCCAUGCUCCUAGCCACUUCAGUCUAUCGCCCUUCAUCUAUUCUACAUCAUAAAUAACACACGAACUUUUUUGCACAUCAAUUGUAGCUUGACUUGUAAACUCUACCUGAUGUUGUUUUCUAUAGUUGAAUAUGUCUGUUAUUUUUUAAAUAAUAUUUUAUUGUAGUUAUUGAAUAUCAUUAUAAUGACUUUUGGGAUAUACAGAUUUUUAUUUUUAUGCAGUUAAAUCUAUUCUUAUUUUCCUUCGUGACUUAUUCCAUCUUGAUUUUGUGUUUAGGAAGUCUUUCCAACCCAAUAAAUAGAUUUUCACCUAUAUUUUCCUUUAGAUUCUAUGGUUUUAUUUUAAAAGUAUAACUUUUGACAUCCAGAAAUUAUUUGAUAUAAGAGAACCGUUCUAAGUUUUUUGUUUUGUUUGAAGAAAAAACAAACAGUUGACUCAACACCAUCCUUUCUCCACUGGUUUCCAAACCUGUUUCUGGUUUCUGUUUUUCUCCAUUGCACUACCUACUAAUUUUUCUGUAAUUUCACUCUGUUUUUGUUUGUUGAAGUUUUUACUGUAGCUUUAUGGAAUAUUUUAAUAUUUAGAAGGAUGAGUCCCACCUUAGUACUCUUUAUUUUUAGAAACUUGUUAUCAUCAUGUGAUAUUCUUCCACAUACAUUUAAAAAUUAUUUUAUCAAAUCUCUGUCCUAAAAUCUUAGUGGGAAUGUAGUUAGAAUCUAGUUUCAUCUGCAACUCAGUUUGGAAGUAUUUAAUAUCUUUACAGAAUUCCUUUUUUCCAUCUAGGAACCUGUAAUUUAUUUCUUCUUAAAUAUUUUCUCUUGCAUGUCUCAGGUACUGAAUUUGUCCUCAUGAAUGUGGCAUUCUUUCUUGUUCAGGUUAUUUCUGUUAUUUUAUAUGUUUGGAGGCUAUUGGGAAUAGAUUCUUAUAUAAAUAGUUAUUAUGAUUUCACAUUGUUUAAAACAACUGGUUAUUGUUGGCAUAUGGACAAUGUGGACAAUUUUUAAAAAGUAUUUUUAUUUAGUUUGUAGUUUCUUUAUUGACCUCAUUAAUUUUAAAGUUUUUCCUUUAAUCCUCCUGAGUUGUCUGUGCAUAAAUAUAUCAUUUAGAAUAAUGGCUUUCAUUGCUUACAAUUUUUACAUAUGUUUCUUUUUUAUUUUAUUGACUGGAACUCCCAGAAUAGUGUUAAAUAACAAUUAUAAUGGACAUCCUUAUUUUGUUUAAAUUUUAAUGGAAAUGCCUACAGGGUUUCACUGUAAAACAUGACAGUUCUUGUUGCUUUAGAAUAGAUAUUUAAGUAAAUAAUAUGUCUAUUUGUAAAAAAUGUUUUCUCUUUAACAACCAGCACUAGAUGUUGAAUUUUAUUAUAUUAUUUUUCUUUGUCUUAUUAUAUUUUCAAACAUUAAACCAUCCUUGCAUUUUAAGAAUAAUAUUUAAUGAUGUGUCGGGAGACAAUUCUCCAUGGGUCUCUCACAUUUCUGUACUCCUUGUGAGCACAGGCACUGACUGCUCUUUGGGAGUAUGUUUUCAAGGAUAGAGGCUUUUCCUCCAUAAUGAAGGGUAGGUUUGCCUACAGACUUAAAAAUAUAGUGUCUCUCCCUGGUGCAACAAACAAACAUUCUUACUGAUCCAGUGUCAUAAAGUCUCCCUCUGGAGCAAUGGGCAGCGGGCACAUGUUUAUUGCCCAUUUUAAAAGAGCUGAGUUUCGAGUCGCGGGGCAGGUACGUGCGCUCGCAGUUCUCUCGCGGAGGUCGGCGGAGGCGGGAGCGGGCUCCGGAGAGCCUGAGAGCACGGUGGGGCGGGGCGGGAGAAAGUGGCCGCCCGGAGGACGUUGGCGUUUACGUGUGGAAGAGCGGAAGAGUUUUGCUUUUCGUGCGCGCCUUCGAAAACUGCCUGCCGCUGUCUGAGGAGUCCACCCGAAACCUCCCCUCCUCCGCCGGCAGCCCCGCGCUGAGCUCGCCGGCCCAAGCCAGCGUGGGCGAGGUGGAAAGUGCGCCCGACCCGCGCCUGGAGCUGCGCCCCCGAGUGCCCAUGGCUACGAGGGUGCUGAGCAUGAGCGCCCGCCUGGGACCCGUGCCCCAGCCGCCGGCGCCGCAGGACGAGCCCGUGUUCGCGCAGCUCAAGCCGGUGCUGGGCGCCGCGAAUCCGGCCCGCGACGCGGCGCUCUUCCCCGGCGAGGAGCUGAAGCACGCGCACCACCGCCCACAGGCGCAGCCCGCGCCCGCGCAGGCCCCGCAGCCGGCCCAGCCGCCCGCCACCGGCCCGCGGCUGCCUCCAGAGGAGCUGGUCCAGACAAGAUGUGAAAUGGAGAAGUAUCUGACACCUCAGCUUCCUCCAGUUCCUAUAAUUCCAGAGCGUAAAAAGUAUAGACGAGACAGUGCCUCAGUCAUAGACCAGUUCUUCACUGACACUGAAGGGUUACCUUACAGUAUCAACAUGAACGUCUUCCUCCCUGACAUCACUCACCUGAGAACUGGCCUCUACAAAUCCCAGAGACCGUGCGUAACACACAUCAAGACAGAACCUGUUGCCAUUUUCAGCCACCAGAGUGAAACAACUGCCCCUCCUCCGGCCCCGACCCAGGCCCUCCCUGAGUUCACCAGUAUAUUCAGCUCACACCAGACGGCAGCUCCAGAGGUGAACAAUAUUUUCAUCAAACAAGAACUUCCUACACCAGAUCUUCAUCUUUCUGUCCCUACCCAGCAGGGCCACCUGUACCAGCUACUGAAUACACCGGAUCUAGAUAUGCCCAGUUCUACAAAUCAGACAGCAGCAAUGGACACUCUUAAUGUUUCUAUGUCAGCUGCCAUGGCAGGCCUUAACACACACACCUCUGCUGUUCCGCAGACUGCAGUGAAACAAUUCCAGGGCAUGCCCCCUUGCACAUACACAAUGCCAAGUCAGUUUCUUCCACAACAGGCCACUUACUUUCCCCCGUCACCACCAAGCUCAGAGCCUGGAAGUCCAGAUAGACAAGCAGAGAUGCUCCAGAAUUUAACCCCACCUCCAUCCUAUGCUGCUACAAUUGCUUCUAAACUGGCAAUUCACAAUCCAAAUUUACCCACCACCCUGCCAGUUAACUCACAAAACAUCCAACCUGUCAGAUACAAUAGAAGGAGUAACCCCGAUUUGGAGAAACGACGCAUCCACUACUGCGAUUACCCUGGUUGCACAAAAGUUUAUACCAAGUCUUCUCAUUUAAAAGCUCACCUGAGGACUCACACUGGUGAAAAGCCAUACAAGUGUACCUGGGAAGGCUGCGACUGGAGGUUCGCGCGAUCGGAUGAGCUGACCCGCCACUACCGGAAGCACACAGGCGCCAAGCCCUUCCAGUGCGGGGUGUGCAACCGCAGCUUCUCGCGCUCUGACCACCUGGCCCUGCAUAUGAAGAGGCACCAGAACUGAGCACUGCCCGUGUGACCCGUUCCAGGUCCCCUGGGCUCCCUCAAAUGACAGACCUAACUAUUCCUGUGUAAAAACAACAACAACAACAACAACAACAAAAAACAAGAAAACCACAACUAAAACUGGAAAUGUAUAUUUUGUAUAUUUGAGAAAACAGGGAAUACAUUGUAUUAAUACCAAAGUGUUUGGUCAUUUUAAGAAUCUGGAAUGCUUGCUGUAAUGUAUAUGGCUUUACUCAAGCAGAUCUCAUCUCAUGACAGGCAGCCACAUCUCAACAUGGGUAAGGGGUGGGGGUGGAGGGGAGUGUGUGCAGCGUUUUUACCUAGGCACCAUCAUUUAAUGUGACAGUGUUCAGUAAACAAAUCAGUUGGCAGGCACCAGAAGAAGAAUGGAUUGUAUGUCAAGAUUUUACUUGGCAUUGAGAAGUUUUUUUCAAUAGUAGGUAAUUCCUUAGAGAUACAGUGUACCUGGCAAUUCACAAAUAGCCAUUGAACAAAUGUGUGGGUUUUUAAAAAUUAUGUACAUAUAUGAGUUGCCUAUAUUUGCUAUUCAAAAUUUUGUAAAUAUGCAAAUCAGCUUUAUAGGUUUAUUACAAGUUUUUUAGGAUUCUUUUGGGGAAGAGUCAUAAUUCUUUUGAAAAUAACCAUGAAUACACUUACAGUUAGGAUUUGUGGUAAGGGACCUCUCAACAUUACCAAAAUCAUUUCUUUAGAGGGAAGGAAUAAUCAUUCAAAUGAACUUUAAAAAAGCAAAUUUCAUGCACUGAAUAAAAUAGGAUUAUUUUAAAUACAAAAGGCAUUUUAUAUGAAUUAUAAACUGAAGAGCUUAAAGAUAGUUACAAAAUACAAAAGUUCAACCUCUUACAAUAAGCUAAACGCAAUGUCAUUUUUAAAAAGAAGGACUUAGGAUGUCGUUUUCACAUAUGACAAUGUUGCAUUUAUGAUGCAGUUUCAAGUACCGAAACGUUGAAUUGAUGAUGCAGUUUUCAUAUAUCGAGAUGUUCGCUCGUGCAGUACUGUUGGUUAAAUGACAAUUUAUGUGGAUUUUGCAUGUAAUACACAGUGAGGCACAGUAAUUUUAUCUCAAUUACAGUGCAGUUUAGUUAAUCUAUUAAUACUGACUCUGUCUGCCUUUAAAUAUAAAUGAUAUGUUGAAAACUUAAGGAAGCAAGUGCUACAUAUAUGCAAUAUAAAAUAGUAAUGUGAUGCUGAUGCUGUUAACCAAAGGGCAGAAUAAAUAAGCAAAAUGCCAAAAGGGGUCUUAAUUGAAAUGAAAAUUUAAUUUUGUUUUUAAAAUAUUAUCUUUAUUUAUUUUGUGGUAAUAUAGUAAGUUUUUUUAGAAGACAAUUUUCAUAACUUGAUAAAUUAUAGUUUUGUUUGUUAGAAAAGUUGCUCUUAAAAGAUGUAAAUAGAUGACAAACGAUGUAAAUAAUUUUGUAAGAGGCUUCAAAAUGUUUAUAUGUGGAAACACACCUACAUGAAAAGCAUAAAUCGGUUGCUGUUUUGCUUCUUUUUCCCUCUUAUUUUUGUAUUGUGGUCAUUUCCUAUGCAAAUAAUGGAGCAAACAGCUGUAUAGUUGUAGAAUUUUUUGAGAGAAUGAGAUGUUUAUAUAUUAACGACAAUUUUUUUUUGGAAAAUAAAAAGUGCCUAAAAGAAAAAAAAAUAAAAAUAAAUAAAAAAUAAAAAAUAAAAGAUCUGAGUUUCCUGAACUCAGGCUUCCUCUCCUGUAAUGCAAUCCACUGAAUGUGCAGGUGUCCACCUGGGCCCAUAUCACAUGGCCCACCUGAGAACGGGUGGGCGAGGGGUCAGGAGCAGUGAUGAACAUACUGAUGCUUAUGCUGUUUCCUGUGUAUGCCAAGAGCAACAAAAUCCUUUGUCUCUGACCGUAAAGUCUCAUUUCUUCUGCCACAUGAAACUGGCAGGCUAACUUGUUAGCUUGCAAGUAGGGUAAGAUGUCAGACCCUUUACAGUUGUUUGUUUUUUGGAGACAGGGUCUCAUUCUGCUGCCCAGACUGGAGUGCAGUGGCAUGGUCAUGGCUCACUGCAGUCUCAAACUUCUGGGCUUAAGUGAUCCAGCUACCUCAGCCUCCAGAGCAGCUGGGACUACAGGCAUGCACCACCAUGCCUCGCUAAUUUUUAAAAAAUUAUUUUUGUAGAGAUAGGGUCUUGCUAUGUUGACGAGGUUGGUUUCGAACUCUUGGCCUCAAGUGAUCCUCCUACUUCUGCCUGCCAAAAUGCUGGGAUUAUGGGCAUGAGCCACCAUAUCCAGCCAGUUCUUAUUGUUUAAGUAACACAUUCAGUUUUCUAGAAAUUUACUUAUGAAUUUACAUCAACCUUCAUAAGUAGUAUUGGUUUGUAAUUUUUUUCUUCCACACUAUCUUCAUUAGAUUAUUAUGGUUAUGCUAAUGCUACAAGGAAUUUGUAAGUUUUCCAUCUCUUCCUGUACUGAAACAGUAUAUACAAUGUGCAAACUAUUCCUUUAAAAUUUGCAAAGACUUAGACUGAGCGUGGUGGCUCACACUUGUAAUCCCAGCACUUUGGGAGGUGGAGGUGGGAGGAUCACUUGAGGGCUGAUGGCUUGAGUCCAGGAGUUCAAGACCAGCCUGGGCUACACGGUGAAACCCUGUGUCUACUAAAACUACAAAAAUUAGCUGAGCAUGCUGGUGCGUGCCUGUAAUCCCAGCUACCCGGGAGACUGACGAAGGAGAUCACUUGAACCCGGGAGGCAGAGUUUGCAGUGAGCCGAGAUAAUGCCACUGCACUCCAGCCUGCAUAACAAAGUGAGACCCUGUUUAAAAAAAAAAAAAAAAUUGCAAAGACUAGUAAAAUGGUUUUCACUUAGAAACUUUAUUGGAAUUAAUUAUUUUUUCAACUUUUUUUCUAUUGACAAAAGCCUAUCCAGAUUUACUACUUAUCAAGUUAAUCUUAGCUAUUUAUAUUUUCUCAGAACAUAAGUGAAUUAAAAAAAUUUAACUGCAUAUAAAAUUGUCUUAUCAUUUAAGAGUCUCUCAUAUCUAUAGUUAUAACUCAUUUCUCAUUUAUUUGUUUUUGUGAACUCUCUCUCUCUCUUUCUGUGGCUCUCUCUUUUUCUGGACUUUCCAGAAUUUGCCAGAACACUAUAAUUUUUAGUGUUUGCUUUCAUUAAUCUUUGCUUUUAUUUUUGCUGGGUUUUUUUUGGCUUCAAAAGCUAACUUCAUCUUUUAACUUCUUAAAUUUAAUUCAGCUUAAUUAUUUUAUGUUACUCAUGCUCUAAUAAAGCAAGCACAUAAAUCUGCUUUUCCUACUGAUAGUUUUAGUUCUAUCUUGUAAGAUUUGAUAUGUAAUCUUCUAAUCAUUAUUAUUUUGAAUAAUCGUAAUCAUAAUUCUUCUUUUCUUUAGUCCAAUAGUUAUUUAUGUAUAUGUUUUCUAAUUUACAAAUAAACACUUUCCUAUUUUA